UAUGAAAAUAUCCCAGGUCAGUCAAAGAUCACAUUUCUCUUACAAGCCAUCAGAAACACAACCGCCGCUGAGGAGGCCAGACAAAUGGCUGCUGUUCUCCUGAGACGUCUUCUGUCCUCUGCAUUUGAUGAAGUCUACCCAACUCUUCCUUCCGAUGUUCAGACUGCCAUCAAGAGUGAACUGCUAAUGAUUAUUCAGAUGGAAACACAAUCUAGCAUGAGGAAAAAAAUUUGUGAUAUUGCUGCAGAGCUUGCCAGGAAUUUAAUAGAUGAAGAUGGUAACAAUCAGUGGCCUGAGUGUUUGAAGUUCCUUUUUGAUUCCAUCAGUUCUCAAAAUGUGGGACUACGGGAAGCUGCACUGCACAUAUUCUGGAACUUCCCUGGAAUUUUUGGGAACCAGCAGCAGCACUAUUUAGACGUCAUCAAACGGAUGUUAGUUCAGUGUAUGCAAGAUCAGGAGCAUCCAUCGAUCAGGACAUUAUCUGCUCGAGCUACAGCUGCAUUUAUACUUGCAAAUGAGCAUAAUGUUGCUCUGUUCAAACAUUUUGCAGACUUAUUGCCUGGAUUCUUACAGGCUGUAAAUGAUUCAUGCUACCAGAACGACGACUCGGUCCUCAAAUCCCUCGUUGAGAUUGCAGAUACUGUUCCGAAGUAUUUGCGCCCUCAUUUAGAAGCUACCUUACAGCUAAGUCUAAAGUUGUGUGGAGACACGAGUCUCAAUAACAUGCAGCGCCAGCUUGCCCUGGAGGUGAUUGUGACGCUCUCGGAAACAGCGGCUGCUAUGUUAAGAAAGCAUACCAAUAUUGUCGCCCAGACUAUUCCCCAGAUGUUGGCGAUGAUGGUGGAUCUAGAAGAGGAUGAGGACUGGGCCAACGCUGAUGAACUAGAAGACGAUGACUUUGACAGCAAUGCAGUUGCUGGUGAGAGUGCUUUAGACCGAAUGGCUUGUGGACUUGGUGGAAAACUCGUUCUCCCAAUGAUCAAGGAACACAUUAUGCAAAUGCUUCAAAAUCCUGACUGGAAAUACCGGCAUGCAGGAUUGAUGGCUUUAUCUGCCAUUGGUGAAGGAUGCCACCAGCAGAUGGAAGGAAUUCUAAAUGAGAUAGUAAAUUUUGUUUUGCUUUUUCUUCAGGAUCCUCAUCCACGAGUAAGGUAUGCGGCCUGUAAUGCAGUGGGACAGAUGGCUACAGAUUUUGCACCUGGUUUCCAAAAGAAAUUCCACGAAAAGGUGAUUGCAGCUCUUCUGCAGACCAUGGAGGACCAAGGCAAUCAGCGCGUGCAGGCCCAUGCCGCGGCUGCCCUCAUUAACUUCACUGAAGACUGCCCCAAGUCAUUGCUGAUCCCCUACUUAGAUAAUCUGGUGAAGCAUCUGCAUUCCAUCAUGGUACUUAAGCUUCAAGAGCUGAUUCAGAAAGGCACCAAGUUAGUUUUGGAACAAGUUGUGACAUCCAUUGCAUCAGUUGCAGACACAGCAGAAGAAAAAUUUGUCCCCUACUAUGACUUAUUUAUGCCAUCACUAAAGCACAUUGUUGAGAAUGCAGUUCAGAAGGAACUCAGGCUUCUGAGAGGAAAGACCAUUGAGUGCAUCAGCCUCAUUGGUCUGGCUGUUGGGAAGGAAAAGUUCAUGCAAGAUGCAUCAGAUGUAAUGCAAUUAUUACUGAAGACCCAGACAGACUUCAACGAUAUGGAAGAUGAUGACCCUCAGAUCUCUUACAUGAUCUCAGCAUGGGCGAGAAUGUGCAAAAUCCUUGGAAAAGAAUUUCAACAGUACCUUCCAGUUGUUAUGGGGCCUUUAAUGAAGACGGCUUCCAUUAAACCUGAAGUAGCUCUUUUAGACACCCAAGACAUGGAGAAUAUGAGUGAUGAUGAUGGUUGGGAAUUUGUGAAUCUUGGAGACCAGCAGAGUUUUGGCAUUAAAACUGCAGGACUGGAGGAGAAAUCAACUGCUUGCCAGAUGUUGGUGUGCUACGCCAAGGAGUUGAAGGAGGGCUUUGUGGAGUAUACGGAACAAGUCGUCAAGCUGAUGGUCCCUUUACUGAAAUUUUAUUUCCAUGAUGGUGUUCGAGUGGCCGCAGCCGAAUCCAUGCCUCUUCUCCUGGAGUGCGCGCGAGUGCGCGGGCCUGAGUAUCUCACGGAGAUGUGGCAUUUUAUGUGUGAUGCUCUCAUCAAGGCCACCGGCACAGAACCAGAUUCCGACGUCCUCUCAGAAAUCAUGCAUUCUUUUGCAAAGUGCAUUGAAGUAAUGGGAGAUGGAUGCCUUAAUAAUGAACACUUUGAGGAACUAGGAGGAAUAUUGAAAGCAAAACUUGAAGAGCAUUUUAAAAAUCAAGAAUUGAGACAAGUUAAAAGACAAGACGAAGACUAUGAUGAGCAGGUUGAAGAAUCACUACAAGAUGAGGAUGAAAAUGAUGUUUAUAUUCUGACCAAAGUGUCAGACAUUUUACAUUCAAUAUUCAGUAGCUACAAAGAAAAGGUGUUACCAUGGUUUGAACAACUGCUUCCGUUAAUAGUCAACCUCAUCUGUCCACAUAGACCAUGGCCAGACAGACAGUGGGGAUUAUGCAUCUUUGAUGAUGUUAUAGAACACUGUAGCCCAGCCUCCUUUAAAUAUGCAGAGUAUUUCUUAAGGCCAAUGCUCCAGUAUGUGUGUGACAACAGCCCAGAAGUCAGGCAAGCUGCUGCAUAUGGCCUGGGCGUCAUGGCACAGUACGGCGGAGACAACUAUCGUCCUUUCUGUACAGAAGCACUUCCACUGCUGGUAAGAGUUAUUCAGGCUGCAGAUUCUAGGACCAAAGAAAAUGUCAAUGCAACAGAGAACUGUAUCUCAGCAGUAGGGAAGAUUAUGAAAUUCAAACCUGACUGUGUAAAUGUUGAAGAAGUCUUGCCACAUUGGUUAUCCUGGCUUCCACUUCAUGAAGACAAGGAAGAUACCAAUCUGCCCAAAAUAUUCAAAAUAAUUGCAGACGGAGAAAUGCAUGAGGCAAUUAAACAUGAUGAUCCUUGUGCCAAACGUCUGGCUAAUGUCGUUCGUCAAGUACAGACUUCUGGAGGACUGUGGACUGAGUGCAUAGGACAGCUCAGUCCCGAGCAGCAGGGAGCCAUCCAGGAGCUCCUGAACUCUGCUUGA